CGAGUGUUUUAUUAUGCCAUUACAUGGCGUUCAUGAUGAUAUUUGCCGGAUUAGCAACAGUUCUUUUAGUUGGUGCCAUGGCUUUGGACAGAUAUUUUGCAAUAAUUCAUCCAUUCAAAUAUAAUGCUGUCGAUCGAAACACUAUAGUCAAAUUUGUUAUAUUUGGAAUAUGGUUUUUUUCAAUUUUUAUAGCUUUAUUGCCUGUUGUUGGCCUCGGCGAAUACGUUGUACACUAUCCGUUUUCAUGGUGCUUUUUUAAUUUCUUUGGUCACAAAGUGGAAGACCAAAUAUAUGGAUAUUUUUAUUGCGUACUAGGACUUGGUAUCAUUUGUAUAAGACUUAUCAUCAAUCAAAGCCGUACUGUUUCUAAAGAUAAAAAAGCGGAUAUGCUUGUCUUAGUUCUUGCUAGCUGGAACCAAGUCCUUGACCCCUGGAUUUAUCUCUUAUUCAGACAUGAGAUGCUAAAGCGAUUUGCACAUUUGAUCGCGAAAUCCCGAGGAGGGUCGGCCUUGAGACGUCUUGUAAGCUUUAAAGGAAGCUGUAGGAGCACAUCAUCUGGUUCUGAAACAACACAUGACACACAAUCACGACAAGUGCAGAUGGAUUCGUUUGUGGGUGAAGAAUUGAGUUCAAAAAUGUAAGCAAAACCAGGACUACUGAUGUCAACAAUGAAAGAAUGAUACAGGACAACGUUUCAAUAUCCGACGAAGUGAAAAACUGUUUCUGUUUUAAGUCACCUUGCAUUACCUAAUAAUAGUGUAUAUAAAGGUUAAAUGCAUGCUUACGGUAAAUUCACUUAUAUUUG